UGAGCCGCGCCGAGCGGCCGGGACGUGGAUGCGGCCGCGAUCUCCCGUCCCCCGCCCGCCGAGCAGGAGCUGCUCCCGGACAAGAUAUGAGAAAUGAGUGUUGGACGUCGAAGAAUAAAGUUGUUGGGUAUCCUGAUGAUGGUAAAUGUCUUCAUUUAUUUGAUUGUGGAAGUCUCCAAAAGCAGUAGCCAAGAAAAAAAUGGGAAGGGGGAAGUAAUAAUACCCAAAGAAAAGUUCUGGAAGAUAUCUGAGCCUCCGGCAGCAUAUUGGAACAGAGAACAAGAAAAAUUGAACAGGAGGUACAAUCCCAUUUUGAACAUGUUGGCCAACCAGACAGGCGAAGUAUAUGGGUUUUCUAAUACAAGCCAUCUGAAUUAUUGUGAGCCUGACCUGAGGGUCAUGUCAGUAGUUUCAGGUUUCAACAAUUUGCCGGACAGAUUUAAAGACUUUCUACUGUAUUUGAGAUGUCGAAAUUAUUCAUUGCUUAUAGAUCAGCCAGAUAAGUGUGCGAAGAAACCCUUCUUACUGCUGGCAAUUAAGUCCCUCACUCCACAUUUCGCUAGAAGGCAAGCAAUUAGGGAAUCUUGGGGCAGAGAAACUAAUGUGGGGAACCAAACAGUAGUGCGAGUCUUUUUACUGGGGCAGACCCCCCCAGAGGACAACCAUCCUGACCUUUCAGAUAUGCUGAAAUUUGAGAGUGAGAAGCAUCAAGACAUUCUCAUGUGGAACUACAGAGAUACUUUCUUCAACUUGUCUCUCAAAGAAGUGCUCUUUCUCAGGUGGGUGAGCACAUCCUGCCCAAAUGCUGAGUUUGUUUUCAAGGGCGAUGAUGAUGUUUUUGUGAAUACCCAUCACAUCCUGAAUUACUUGAAUAGCUUAUCCAAGAACAAAGCCAAAGAUUUGUUUAUAGGUGAUGUGAUCCACAAUGCUGGACCCCAUCGGGAUAAGAAACUCAAGUACUACAUCCCAGAAGUUGUUUACACUGGCGUCUACCCACCAUAUGCAGGGGGAGGUGGGUUCCUAUACUCUGGCCACCUGGCCCUGCGGCUAUAUGAUGUGACUGACAGGGUCCUUCUCUACCCCAUUGAUGACGUUUAUACUGGGAUGUGCCUUCAGAAACUCGGCCUCGUUCCAGAGAAACACAAAGGUUUCAAGACAUUUGAUAUAGAAGAGAAAAACAAGAAUAACAUUUGUUCCUAUUUAGAUUUGAUGUUAGUACAUAGUAGAAAACCUCAAGAGAUGAUUGAUAUUUGGUCUCGGUUGCAAAAUGCUCAUUUAAAAUGCUGAAAUGUAUACAAACUAAAAUUUGCAUAGAAAGACAUAAGCCGAGUAGUUCCCAUGUUGUGUUCUGUUACAUUAGCGAUAAUUUCUGUGUUAAACCUUCAGAAUUGCCUUUAUAAGUACUAUCUAUUUGAGGGCUUCUAAGUCCUUCGAUGCGGUACCUUCUGAAGAGGGAAAGCAGAAGAUCAUAAUUUUUUAUGGACAAUAUGAUGGGACAUUUUGUUCUGAACCUUCCUCCUGGCUACUGGCCAUUAUUUUCUUUAAAAAUCAUGAAAUUCGACCCCCUUCACAUUUAAAAAUCAUGACAUUCAACCAUUUUAAGUUAUUCUUAUUUUACCCUCAUGAUCAUAUUCCUACUUUCCAUUGUAAUAACUGAAUGAUCCAGUGUAGACAUCAACCUGUUGGCUAAAAAAUGUUUGUUAUGCAUGAUUAAGUGGUUUUGAGAAAUAAAACUACAUUUAUUUUCAUGAAGUUUGGAUGAAUUUUUAAAAUUGUCAGAAAUACUGAAUUAUGUUGAAAUUCCUGCCACACGAACAGUAUUUUUUUGUUUAAUCCGAUUAGUUAAUUUUGCGGAGUGAGAAUCACUGUGUGACAUUUAUCCAGUUUAUCUUGUUUUGUUUUAUGGUCUUAAUAAAGAGAAACUUUAGCUUUUCUAAUAUUUGGUUUGCUGCGUGGUAUAAUAGUUUUCUAUUUUUAGUAUUUGGAAAAUAAUGAGUAUAAUUCCAUAAUGGCCAACUGAAAAUUGAAUCGACCCUGGCAACAAUACUGUAUUUAUGGUUUUUCAAUGUGUACCAGGAAAGCAUAUGUAACUGUUGAACUUUUAAAUGAAAAGAUUUAAAUGACAUUACACACCUUUUCAGCUUAAAACUCCAGGAUUCUAUUCUUGCCAUAUUUCACAUUUGUUAUACAGAAUUAUUCUCAGUAGUGACUGCUUCCCUGUCUCAGUGUAGAAGUGCCUGUGUUUUUAUUUAUUGUUAAGAUCAAAGACCAACACAUUUUCUUAAAUAUAUUUUGUGUAAUAUUUUAUUUGUAUACAGUGUUGUUGAUGGAAUAUUUAACUAGAGCAUGGUAUUUUAAGUGUUAAGGUGUAACAUAUGUUAAAUAAAGCUAACUCUUUUUUUUUGAAUUUUAAAAUUCUUUUUUUUUUUUUUUUUUGAGGGAGUGUGAACUACUAGAGUGGAUAAAAUUCUGCCAAACGGUUACUUACAUAUUACUGACUUGUAACAUGCUUUCAAAAUAUUUUUGUGUUUAUAGCAUUGAAGAGUCUUACCAGAUUUGAUGCUUAGAGAUGGAAAUAAAAUCACUGUAUUUUUAAUUUUCA